AUGCCGUCCGCACAGCAGACAUACACGAUGGAGCUAGCCUUCCCCACCGAGGACAUCCCACAAGAAUGCUUCUCAGCACUUCCGGAAGGGUAUACGAUGCGCGCUUUAGCAUCGAGCGACUACAACCGUGGAUUCAACAAGGUGCUCGAGUGUCUGGUUGAGACGCCCGACCUGGGGCAAGCUGCGUGGAAAGCACGGUUUGACGCCAUGGUAGCAGCCAAAGGUACCUAUUUCCCCAUUGUGAUUGUAUCAAAGCAAACGGAUAGAAUCGUAGCCAUGGGCACCGUUGUCGUCGAGCUCAAAUUCUUUCGUGGGUUGACCAAGGUGGGCCAUGUUGAGGACAUUGUUGUCGACACACGUUUGCAUAGCAAAGGACUAGGAAAGAUCGUGGUCGAGACGGUCAAGGCGAUCGGAAUCUCGAAGGGAUGCAGUAAUAUCAUCCUCAACUGUAGCGACGAGAAGAAACCCUUCUAUGAAAAGUGCGGCUUCUCGUAUAGCGGCCUGCAAAUGGCCAAAAGGCUGCACUGA